UAAUUCCGGGCUUCAUAGGUUGGAUAUAACUAAAAAGUACAUAAAAUCUUAUGUCUUGAAUUUGUCAGGGCUUAACAACUUAUAACAGACGACGAUUUUCUAAAACUACAUCGUUGAAUUUUUCGCUGUCGCACUCACAAGAGAGAGAUUUUUACUUUGCCGGUUUCCCAACAAAUAUAUAAGUUAACCAGCCUAUUAAGAACUUAAAUAUUUUUUUAAAGGGCUGAGUUAAAAAUUUUAUUUUUAAAGCGUUCAGAACUUUUACCUUGUCAAAAUGGAAGAAAAAGUUGAUAUGUUUACUGUGUUUGUGUUAAGUUUUUAUGGCCCGAUUUUAACAGCAAUCUUAGUUCUUUUUGUUACUUUACUUUUUUACUUUAUGAAAUUUAAGUCGGCUCUAAACAGAACUUCAUUUUCAGGACAACAUAUUGUGGUUACUGGUGGAUCUAGCGGGAUAGGAAAAAGUGUUGCAAUGAAAGCAGCUGCAAAAGGUGCGCAUGUGACAAUUGUAGCCAGGAACAUCGAGAAGCUCAAUGCAGCCAAAGAGGAGAUCACUUCUUUGUGCACAUCGUCGGAACAAAAAAUUUCAACAAUUUCCUUGGACGUGAGCAAGGAUCCUAAUGCUAUAGAAAGGGCCUUUGCUGAAGCGGAAAAGCAGUCAGGUCCAAUAUUCAUGCUGAUAAAUUGUGCGGGACAGUCAUUUUGUGGUACAAUUGAAGAUUUGACAGAAGAACAGUUUAAGUACAUGAUGGACCUCAACUACUACGGCACAGUUUUCCCCACCAAGGCGGUUGUUGCUGGUAUGAAGAAGAGGAAGGAAGGCCACAUCGUCAUCACCUCGUCCCAGGCUGGUAUGAUCGGUGUCUACGGCUUCACGGCUUACAGCCCCUCCAAGUUUGCUCUCAGAGGAUUUGCAGAAGCUUUGGACAUGGAGGUUCGUGCACAUGGAGUGAAGGUAACCGUUUGUCUCCCGCCUGAUACUGACACUCCAGGCUUUGAAGAAGAAGAAAAGACGAAGCCUUUGGAAACCAAGCUGAUCUGUCAGUCGGCUGGUCUGGUGUCACCUGAUGUAGUGGCUACACAUCUGCUCAACGAUGCUCUUGCCGGCAGAUUCUUCAGCACCGUUGGUUUUGAAGGCUUCAUGUUGGUGACCACUUGUGCUGGCAUGGCCCCUGUCACUUCUCUUAUCGACCUCUUCUGUCAAGUAAUCCUCAUGGGCAUUCUCAGGCUUGUAAGUGUCUUCUACCUUCUGUCAUUCCAGAAAAUAAUUAAAAAGUGCAUGAAGACUAAAGAUGAGGAUAAGAAGUCAGAAUAAAUGGUCAGGAUGGACUGUGUUAUUUAUUUUCUUUGCAUUUAAAAGAUACUGUUCUGUUUUGAUGAAACCUCUUCAUGUUCUAUCUUCUUAUUUCGCCAAAGAGUAUUUUGCCUAAGUUUUAAGUUUGUGUCUACUCUUGUGUCUGUGCGUUUAAUUCAACUCCAAAUUUCAACUUAACACUCAGUUCUACAACGUUAUAGUGCAUAUUUAUUCUAACAUCAUUGCACAAGUCUAGGAGUGUGCCUUUCAUGUGAAUGCAAUGGUUGCUUGUUUAAUUUGUUGAUAAAUAUACCUACUAGCUGAAUCAUAUGCGCUCAGACCCAGACACUAAAUCAGUUUCUCGUUUACUGUUCCUGUUGAGUAAAGAGUUUUGAACUGUUCAAUAACUAAUGAAAAUUUAAGUUAAAAUGUUGUAUUGUUUGUUGGUGAUGAUUAUGAAGCUUUGGCCUCUCUAUUGUUAUGGAAAACAGUGCAAUCUUAUUUCAAUUUAUUUAAUUGUUGGGGUUAUUGUUUGUGUUUGGUUAAAGUAUAGAUUUGUGUUUUCAAUCUGUCAGUUGCAAUUAAGGAAAAAAAUUGAUUGUUUUGAUCUUUAAACAUGAACAAUCUACAAUAAUUUGAUUAAUUUCUUUAUCAACGCAUGUUUAACUGGAGAUAGUUGAUUGUAGUGCUCUAUCCUAUUUGCUCCUCUCAAUUGAAGAGAAUAUAAUUCCACGUUUACACGAAGCCAGUUAGCAGGUAGGUUACCUGCCUCAGGUAACUUGAAAUACACUAGAAGCAGGUAACCUGCCUAUUCUACUGGCUCAUGUAAACGUUAAGGCUUAGCGGAAUAGCGCAUAGUGUGGGACAAAAUACACAAAAGUGGACAUAACGUAAAAAGUGUUAAUCAUUCCAAAAUUUUAUCCUCUAGUGUUUAUUUAUUCAUACAACGAAACAAUUGUCUUAGGUGUUAUGAAGUAGUUGAAUUUAGUGUAAGUAUUGUAUUUAUAAUUAAUAUAUUCCAUUUUGAUGCUUAAGAAAUAAAUUGUAAAUAAAUGUUUUUUGCAGUUUGAUAUAAAAUGGUGCUAAAGCAAAAACAUAUCCAGAAUCUGAGUGUUGUGAUUUACAGUCUACUUUGUUAACCAGUUUUUCACAAGAUUUCACCAUGAAAAUGAUGUUAUCGAACUUGACUUAAAUAUAAUUUACAGUUGUAACACUAAUCGUUAACACACAUCCUAACACACUAAUCGUUUGUCUUUGCACAAGUAUCUACAGCACAUAAAUUACUUUUGGAGCAUAAAAUUGCUCUUUUCCUAGCACAAAUAAAUAACUUUGUGUGUAUGUAGUUAAUAGUUACCAGUAGUAAAAGUUUAAUUUGAUAUAGGUACACUUAGUUUAGGCAUAAUGCAUUUUGAUCUUUAUCCAAUAUUAAGUACAGUACUUGAAGUAUUAACUAGUCGAGCACUAGAAGUUACUGGACCAAAUAUUUUCUUUAAUAAAUAGUUUUAGAAAGAAUGUAAUAA